AUGACAGCUUUUCCUGCUCUGAAUGCACUGGAGUCUGUAGAGCGAAGGAGAGAGAACUGUUGUUAGUCAGCCUCCAAGUUGGAGAGGAAGUUACCACCUCUUCCCAGACUCCACACACACAUCCACACUUAAGGAAUUUAACCGCAGCGGCAAAGCGAGCUGGGAAACAGUCAGGGCUGCUUGUUUGUGAUGUUUUCCCCAACGUUCUUGGAGGGAAUGAUGUGCGUGUGUGUCCCUGAAGCUCUCUAGAGCCUUUGACCGGGACAUGAGCUAUCACUACACACUGGGUGGCGAAAUGAACUGUUUAGCCUGAAGACCAAAGAUCACAAGCUCGCUCCAGCGGUGAGACACAAAAGAAGGAUUCGCAAUUCUUUUCUCAUUACCGAGUCCUCCCCUAAUACGAUGAGCUACAACUGAAGAGCGGCUUUAUUAUUUGAUUUAAUGCUUUGAAGAAGCCACCAUGGAUGUCAAAAAGAAGGAAAUGGAUCUCCUGAGCAACAGCAUAGCAGCUUAUGCGCACAUCAAGGCCAACCCCGAGAGCUUCGGCCUGUACUUUGUGCUGGGUGUGUGCUUCGGCCUGGUUCUGACACUUUGCUUGCUGGUUAUCCGCAUCUCCUGCAAGCCACGCACCCGCACCACCACCACCACCACCACCACCACCACCACCACCACUGGGGCCGCCUCCUCCACGCCCGAGAAAAAAUCACCACGAGACGACGAAGAUGGAGAGAGUGACGAUGAGGAAGAGGAUGACGAAAGGGACGACAUGGAAGCCCCCACCCUUCUGCUCGCCGCCACCGCCACCACAGUCACCACAGAGAUCCCCUUGGGGAAUGAGAGCAACCACUCGGACGGGACCCUAAACGUGUUCACGUCGGCUGAGGAGUUGGAGAGGGCGCAGCGGCUGGAGGAGCGGGAACGUAUCAUACGAGAGAUCUGGAGGAACGGACAGCCGGACAUCCUGGGAUCAGGGAUGGGGACAAUCGGAAGAGUGCAUUACUACUAACAGCACCAGGCCCUGAAGACUGGAAGGCUUGUGGUGCAAAGUUACAAUACCAAAAAGUGUCUUGUUACAGACUAAUGAGUGCAUAUUGACAACAACAAAAACUAUCUAGUAUGAAUGGAGCUGAUGACACUUGAAGUAUGGCACUUAAUAACAUGACGUGUACACAAGGUUAUACACUACUCACACAAGGUUAGAGAUAAAGGAUUUCUUUUCAAAUCUACCUUUGUACCCCUCCUGUUUUUAAGCAAUCAAUAUGACAAGAGUUCCCAAAAAUAACAUUGUCAAAAUGCUGAUUCUGGUUGAAAUUUCCACUUCAACCUAAUUACAGUAAAUAUCAUCAAGAAUUUUGAGAAUCCGACAACGUCCUCCAAUGAAAGUUCUUUUGUGUUGGGAAUGAAUGGCCUUUUCGGGGUAUGUUUUUGUUUGACAUCGCCUAUCGAUUUUCACCGUAUAACGAAGAACUGGUUCACCCACCCAAAAAUCAGAAAAUAGGUGAACUUGAAAAUGAAGAACUGGCAGCAUGUAGGGGUUCACUGCACUUCUCCCAAUAAGACAGGACAGGACACUUAGUCACCAAUGUAUUUUGCAGCAGUUUCAAGGCAACAUUUCUCGCCAAAACCGAAUAACCCUAACUUUUUCUGAGUCGUGCACAUGCAGUGGCAAGGCAAGACAGACUUUCAUUAUGUUUGCAAUGAGGCUUCAACAGUGUCUAUGACGGACACCCACAGGAGGGCCAUAGAGGAAAUGGCAUUGUUUGAACACAAACAUAUCACUUAAUCUGGGAGGGUAGAUUACGUUACAAUUAAAUUAAGGUUAAAAUGAAAAGGAAAUUAAGGCAUUUAGCUAAAAUAGUUUGCAGAUGUUCCCUGUGGGUUAAAAAAAGCUAUUCAAACAAUUUUGCCUGGAUUUCAUCUACAACAAUUUUCAUACUUACGUGCUGUAUGUGCCAUUUUUUUCUUGCGACUUUAUAAUUAAAAAAAAAUGGAAACGUUACAAAACUUAACCUUUGUCUGAGAAAAAUAUUUUUACAAGGGCACAAAACGGAAGGGGCCUAAUGUGGUGGGAUAGCAGAGUAAUUUCCUUCAAAAUGGAGGGCAGGAAAGUAUUAUGGCGCCACAUGCACACUUCCCACACAGUUACUGUAUGUAUACAUGUACUAUUGGUCUACAGAAGUUUUACAUUUUUCAUCGCUUGGUAUCUGUUGUGAAUGAUGUAUACUUGGUACCUGGGGAAACGCACCAGCGAAUGAGAAGCCAGCAUUGCGAUGGUAUUAACCAAUCAGGGAGUUGCUCUCUUUUAACAGCACUUGGCUACAUUUUCAAUCUUUUAAAGUCAGUUAAACUGCAUCCACUAACCUUCAUUUUUUUCUUCAUGCACAUUAAAAGUGCAGUUAUGACACAAAACAUUACAUUUAAACUUAAAUAUGUACUUUAAUCGCAUAAAUACGUACUAAAACUCAACACUACACAAGUCUCUCAUUGGCUUGGCAGUUAGUUGCUUUUUCUGUCCUUUAAAGUCACAAUCAUUCAUUCAUUGACAUUUAUUACUAUGCGAAUUGUGACUGCAAUUAUUACAAACGCUUUCCUAAUUUCAUUUUACUUCCAUGUACAUAUAUUUGUUUUGUAUAUUCGACAUGGCAGCAUCGUCAGCAACAAUGGCGGACUUGGAUGACGUCUCAAAAGAAGUGAACCUGCAAUAUUUUUUCCAGUCUUGCCAAGACACUUCAUCUCCAUUCAUUGCCAAUAUCUGUUUUACUCUCUCACUCCUUUACCUAUACAAUUUUGCUGGGCUAAUUGCUUGACUUUUGUUACCAUGAUGACUCGGUACUACUUGGCGAAUGGCCACUACUUGCAAAAAUAAAGACUGUAAAAGUGUGGAGUGCAUUUUAACGUAUUCAAGCAGCACUUCAUCAACAAGCCAGCAUAUUAAUAUUUGUCCAUUUGUGGUACAGAUUUGUGCUACACAAGCAUGCAAGCAGCAGGCACGUUUGCCAAACAGAAAUACCCUUCACAACUACCCAGGUUGACAACUAUGAGCUGGAUAACAAAAUGCA